CGUGCCGGAGUCGCCAUGCCGGAGGGAACGGGAGCGCUGCGGGAGGUGCUGCCCAAGCAAGGGCAGCUGUCGGUGGAGGACACAGUCUCCAUGGUGCUGUGCAAGCCCAAGAUCCUGCCCCUCAAGUCGGUGUCGCUGGAAAAGCUGGAGAAGCUGCAGAGGGCGGCGCUGGAGGCAGCCAAGCCGCCCGAGGCGGCCCCGCCGCCGUCCGCGGGGGCCGCGCCACCCCGGCAGUAG